AUGAAGGGUAGAAGGAUGCAUGGGUUCAUGUGCAACUCGCAAGCCUCGACGGCGGUAUGCAGCGCAGCGAACACUCGAUCGGUGGUGGCGCCGCGAAGGCUCAAGGGGGUCCUCCUCGACCACGGAGGCGCCGUUGACUUCAAGUAUUCCCGCCUGAUUGAUUCUCGCCGCCCCCCCGCGGCCAGGCGAGAGAAGAGGCUCCAUCUCGUCCCUCUCCCCACCGCCGCCGCUUCGCCGGAGAAGAGGCUACAACUCGUUGCUUUCCCCACCACCGCCGCUUCGCCGGAGAAGAGGCUUCAGCUCGUCCCACUACCCACGGCGGCGGCGGCGGCGCCAGAGAGGAGGCUGCAGCUGGUUCCUCUCCCCACGGCGGCGGCGAAGACGGCGGAGAACAGGCUGCAGGUGGUUCCUGCGCCGGUAAGGACCGUUGCGGCGGCAACGAGGGAAAAGAGGAGAGUUGAGAAGGUCACGUUGGGGGAGGCGCCGCCGUCCCUGCGGCAGCGGCCGCCGGAGCAUGACUUCCAGGUAUGGAAAUGUAGAUGAGGAUCGGAAAUAUCCUGCGUAGAGUAAAGAGAGAUAGAUGGAUGGAUAGAUAGAGAGUGGGAGAGGGAGAGAGAUGAAAAGAAGCUGUUUUCAUUUUCGGCUCUGUGGUCUGAUGCUGAUUUCAGAUCGACUUAACCAAGAGCCCUCAAUAUAAAUGCUGAAAAAUAGGAUAAUUAUGACUUCUGAGAAUAAUAUUAAUCAUUACAUCAUAAUUGUUCAUCAAUUCAAAUUAUUUGCUCUCAUUAUUAUCGUGAUCAUUAGUUAGAUGGUCAAACCUACAGUUAUUAAAUCAUGUUAUAGUUACAAGGACGCCAAUUGGCCCAAAUCACUGGGCAAGCUCCUUCAUUUCUCCUUCUAAUUCUCUUGUUCCUCUCUCUCUCUCUCUCUCUAUCUGUGUCUCUCUUUCCCUCUUACAUACUGGGCUAGGUUGUGGUGAUGAGAGUCUCGAUCCACUGCCUAGGCUGCGCGGGGAAGGUGAAGAAGGUCCUCUCCAAGAUGGAAGGUGAUUUCUGCACUACGUAUGAAGAAGAUCUGGAUUUCCGAUGGUAAUCUGAGGAAUGUUUUCAAAAGUGCUACAAUCAUGCAGGGGUGACGUCUGUCAGGAUUGAUCUCGAGGAGAAGAGGGUGACGGUGGAGGGCCGCGUGUCGCCAGCGGCCGUUCUCGAGAGCGUCUCCAGGGUCAAGAGGGCAGAGUUCUGGCCGAGCCUUGACUCGCCCAGGGGCUGA